GUAAUCAUGAAACAAAAUAAUUAAUAUUAUCAUUUAAAAAAUUUAUAUAUGAUAUAUGUGAUAUCUAUAUGAAUCAACAGAUUUAAUUCUGAUAAAUGUAACUUUAAAUGUUUUUUCUUUAAAUAUUUCGUACUUGAGAUUUAAAUGUAGUGGUGCGGAACCAGCUUUCAAUAAUGGACGAUAGGUGUGCUAAAAUCUAAGGUAGAAAGUAGAAUGAACUGUAUCACUUGUAUAACCGCGAAACUUGUAAAAUUUGUUAUUGCCAUUGCUUAUUAGUUAUUAGCUCAAGAAAUGAAAUGUGGAAAGUAAUAAUUUUACAGAGUAAUGAUAUUACGAAAUAAAGUACACUGAAAUUUGAAAAUGACAUAUCUUAUUUCAAAAUGAAUCGAUCUUUGGCACCCAGUAAAAAUGGCAAACGUCCAUUACUAUUUGAUAUAUCCAAUAAUGUGGCAAUGCGUCAGGUUGUGUCACCAGUUCAACAAACUAAAAAAAAGGCUUGCCGUAAUGUCAAAAAUGUACAAAUACCAGAAUACAAAGCAGUUGCUCUUUCAGCUAAUGAUGUGCAAGCUACCCAAGAAGUAAUUUCUGAACAUGAAGAACGUAUGAAAAAGAUCUUUAGUAAACCAUUUAAGAUACCAAUUCCUGGUUAUCAAUUAUCUGGUCGUGCAUUAGGAAUACGUUUAUCUGGUCCCCGUAGACCAUUACAUGAUCCUGAGGAAGCUAAUGCGCUUGUUGUUUAUUCACCUCCUGAAUUAUCUGAACAUGAAAAAUUGAAAAUAGAUCAGUCUAAACAACUUGUACAUGUAGUAGUGGAUCCUCUAUUAUGUAAUAUUUUAAGACCUCAUCAAAGAGAAGGUGUAAAGUUUAUGUAUGAAUGUGUAACAGGAAAACGUAUUGAAGGUGCCUAUGGGUGUAUCAUGGCAGAUGAAAUGGGCCUUGGAAAAACUUUACAAUGUAUAACUCUGUUAUGGACUCUAUUAAAACAAGGACCUGAAGCUAAACCACUUAUAGAGAAAGCUAUUAUUGUUGCACCAAGUUCAUUAGUUAAAAAUUGGUAUAAUGAGAUCUUUAAAUGGUUGAAAAAUAGAGUUCAACCACUAGCCAUUGAUGGUGGAAACAAAACAGAUAUCGACACAAAACUUACUGGAUUUAUGAAAACUUACGGCCGCAGGUGUAUAAAUCCUAUUCUGAUAAUCAGUUAUGAAACUUUUCGCUUACACGCACAAGUUCUUCAUCAAGAUGAAGUUGGACUCGUAUUAUGUGAUGAAGGACAUCGUCUAAAAAAUUCUGAAAAUCAAACAUAUCAAGCGCUUAUAAAUUUAAAGGCUAAAAGAAGAAUACUACUCAGUGGAACACCUAUACAGAAUGAUCUUUUAGAAUAUUUCUCUCUUGUACAUUUUGUUAAUCAAGGAUUAUUGGGAACUGCACAAGAAUUUCGGAAAAAAUUCGAGAUACCAAUUUUACGUGGUCAAGAUGCAGCUGCAACAGAUACCGAACGUAAACUCGCUCAGGAACGUUUAGCGGAAUUAGUAAGCAUUGUGAAUAAAUGUCUUAUUAGACGCACUAGUGCCUUACUUUCGAAAUAUUUACCUUUAAAAUAUGAAUUAGUGGUGUGUAUAAAAAUGGGAAAACUACAAACUGACCUUUAUAACAGUUUUAUACAAAGCGAUAGUGUUAGAAAAUCAAUGGAAGAAAAUUCUGCCAAUUCUAAAAAAGGAAAAAGUUUUUCAACACUUGCAGCAAUUACACUGUUGAAAAAAUUAUGUUGUCAUCCCGAUUUGGUAUAUGAUAAAAUAUUGGAAAAAUCUGAUGGAUUUGAAAACGCUGCAAAAUUAAUGCCUCCAAAUUACAGCACAAAAGAAAUCAUGCCAGAAUUAUCCGGAAAGCUAAUGGUAUUAGAUUGUCUCUUAGCUUCUAUUAAAACAACGACGAAUGAUAAAAUUGUAUUGGUAUCUAAUUAUACACAAACUCUCGAUCUGUUUGAGAAACUGUGUCAUAAACGUUGUUAUAACUAUGUUAGAUUAGACGGCACUAUGACUAUUAAAAAAAGAUCAAAGGUAGUAGAAAAAUUUAAUGAUCCAAAUAGCAAUGACUUUAUUUUUAUGCUCAGCUCCAAAGCUGGGGGCUGUGGAUUAAAUCUUAUUGGUGCAAAUCGACUUGUCAUGUUCGAUCCUGACUGGAAUCCUGCAAAUGAUGAUCAAGCUAUGGCAAGAGUUUGGAGAGAUGGUCAGAAAAAACUUUGUUUCAUAUAUCGUUUUCUUUGUACUGGUACUAUCGAGGAAAAAAUUUUUCAAAGGCAAGCGCAUAAAAAAGCAUUAAGUUCUACAGUCGUAGAUCAGGAAGAAGACGUUGCAAGACAUUUUACAUUAAAUGAUUUACGAGAUUUAUUUAAAUUAGAAGAAAAUACUAUAUCAGAUACUCAUGCUAAGUUCAAAUGUAAAAGGUGCGUCAAUGGUAUAGAAGUAAAAGGACCACCCGAACAAUCUGACUGUAAUUCAGAUUUGUCAGAUUGGAGGCACAUCUAUAAUCCACGACCUUUACCAGACAUACCAUUACGACAAUGCUGGUCAUGUGGAAUUUCUUUUGUUUUCUGUCAUCGAUCGCAUGAACAAGUUAAAUAGGAUUGCAAUUUUUAACUAUUUGCACAUACCUUAAUAAUGGGGGCGACAUUUUUUAUAUUAUCAACGUUUCAUAUACUUCUGUACAAAAGUUGUUAGGACGAAGUUUAUAUAAACAAAUUCAUAACAAGCAUUGUGUAUUUGUUUAAUAAUUGAAAUUACAUUGUAUGUUGAGUAUAUUGAAGUUAGUUUGUACGGAGAAAUAAUUAAUAUAUUAUUAUAAAUAUUUUAUAGAACAGGAAAAAAAAUGUAAUUUAAUUGUAUAAAAAUUGCACAAAUUGAUUAAUAUGUAAAGUAAAUUUUUGUUUAUGAAAGAUUAUUACAGUUAUUAAACAUUUUUAAUAGUUCCAA